AUGGCUGUCCGAAUCAUUAAAGGAGACGAGAUCAUGGUAAUUAACGGUGCAAUAGUAAGCGAUUUAGACAUGAUGUACUUGGAAAGUGUGUUGCAAGAAGAAGUUGGUCUAUGUAUGAUGAUGAGAUCUUCGCGAACUGAACCACCAGAUCUUACAGGCAUAAUGAGAGUCACCGAUGACAUAAUCGAGAGUUUGGUUUGCCCGCCACCACCUUCUGAUCCACCGGUUAUAAGCGAAGAAAUGAUUUCCGGUUUAAUCGUUCCAGCCCCCGGAUGGAGCAAAGAAAGUAUCGCACAGGAGUGUACGUCAGCAGCUCACAUGGAAAAUGGCAAACAAACAUCUCGCACAAAUUCAUUCGAAAUAGAAAACUUAUUGAAAACCGCCGAACAAGUAACUGGUAUCUGUCGAUCACCUGGUGAAACAAGAAAAUCUAGUCCCACUGGAAGUGUUGUUAGUUCUCAUUCUCAAGCUAUGACGCCGAGUCGGCAAUUAAGUGAUGCUGAGAAAUUGAAGAAAGUUAUUCUAGAAUUAAUUGAAACUGAACGUACUUAUGUGAAGAACUUAAAUAAUUUGCUGGAGAACUACUUAGAACCCCUUAAACGCGAAACAUUCUUAUCGAAUGCAGAGAUAAACGCAUUGUUUGGGAACAUACAAGAGAUUGUUACAUUUCAACGACAAUUUCUACAAAAUCUUGAUCAUGCGAUCGAGAUGGAAGCUGAUUUCAAUAAUUUCGACCAUCCUAGUCAAUUUAAGGGUGUCCUGUUUUCUAUUGGAAGUGCCUUCUUAUAUUACGUAAAUCAUUUCAAGUUGUACAGUUCAUUUUGUGCUAGCCACUCAAAAGCACAAAAGGUUUUACAUCCAAAUGAAGGAAACCAAGCUUUACAAGAGUUCCUGCAAGCGCGCAAUCCAAGGCAGCAACACUCGUCGACUUUAGAAUCAUACUUGAUAAAACCUAUUCAACGAAUACUGAAAUAUCCGUUGUUGUUACAACAGCUUCGAAACCUAACUGACGAACGAAGUGAAGAGCACCAGCACUUGAUUGAAGCCUUAAAGGGAAUGGAGAAAGUAGCAGAACACAUCAAUGAAAUGCAAAGGAUUCACGAAGAAUACGGAGCUAUCUUUGAUCACUUGUUCAGGCAACAUCAAAAGUCUUGCAAACAGCCGAUCGACUUAAGUCCAGGAGAUCUUUUAUAUUAUGGAGGGGUCGAAUGGCUCAAUAUUUCCGACUUUCUUGGUAAAAUCAAGAAAGGGCUGGAACUGCACGCAAUGUGUUUUGUGUUUAAGUCUGCUGUCGUAUUCUUGUGUAAAGAAAGAUUGAGACAAAAGAAGAAGCUUAUGGGGGUAUCCACCAAAGCGAAUUCCAGUGAGGUAGAAAUAAUUCGCUAUCAAGUAUUAAUUCCUGUAACGGAAGUACAAGUUAGAGCUAGUUCCGCCAAAGAUAUGGAAUCUCAUUUCCUGUGGGAAUUGAUCCACUUAAGAAGUCAAUUACAGAGAAGAUCGGAGAAAGUAUACGUGCUUUCUAACAGCACAACAGAAUUCAGAAAUGCAUUUUUGAGGACGAUACGUCAAAUUAUUCGAGAAUCGGUUCGAAAUAUGAGUAUACCAUCGACGAAACAGAACUUGAGCCAACCACCGAUUACCAUUUCACAACGAAUGUCAACUGGACAUGUUGAAAAGUUUGAGAAACAGUCGGCAAGCCAGGGACAAAACGGCAGUAACAGUAGCGCCGUAACUACCGGUACGCUAUCGAAAAAAACGGUUAAACCGCAAAUAUUGCCAACUUCCCAUAACGUAAAACGAAAAUAUAGCCAAUCGAAGCAAACGGUAGAGCACGAAAGCUCCGAAGAUAAAGAUAUCGAGGAGCCAGCAGGCGCAAUCAAUCAACAGCAAACAACAUUUCGCUCCCGAAGCAAGACUAUCAGCGAUACAUCCGGAGAGGUGAAAGUCGAGAUGGAUUCAGGAACAAAAUCCGAAGGAGAAGAAGAUUCGCAAGCUUUUUUAGCAGGAAGUACGGGUAGUCAGGCGAGACUGAUCCAAUCUUCUCAUCAACCGGAAAAUUAUCAGCCGAUCGCAGUCAAGGAACUUGGUUCGCCGAUUUGGAAACCACGGGAAUUACCCUCGCUAGGAGAGUCUACGACGUUGCCACGUAAGGGUAAGUCGGCCAGCGAGUUUGGGGAUAUAAGCUCAUCUCAUAGCGCCUCCCGAAAGUCUCUGAUAGAAAUCAAUAAUUGUGCUCAACAAUCUAACUGUAAUAACCACGUUUAAAUUAAAUAGAUGUUAACUGAUUGACGAACCAUCGAGUUAAGUUUAAAAACCGUGCAACAGAAUAAACCAAAUAACUACUCAAUUACCGUGUAAACUGUAAAAACUAGCGCUCGCUUGCCGCCCACGCGGAAUACUUAAUUAAACUUUAACGCUACGCGUUUCCCUCCUUGCACAUCUCCUUCUUCUCGUUUCGUCUUCCAAACGCGCUACGCGUUAUAAAACGUCGUUGGUGCUACUCCUCUGUACAACGAACGAUAUUCAAUUGUUUGACAGGAGAGAAUCUUAAAGAAGGGAGAGAACUUUGCUUUUAAUGGGAAACAAGCUUUCCCACGAAACAAACGGAGAACGUUUCGGUACAUGUCUUAUGCGCAACUGGUAAUAAUUCCAGAAGAAAUCGUACUCAGACUCUUUUCUCCGUUCUUUUGUCAGCUAUCUUUCAAUCUUUCACCUAUUGUCGAAUAAAGACGCGAUAUUGCUAUUCGCUGCUACCAUCAUAUUGUAAUCAAAAUCAAACAUUAAUUGUAUUAAAAAAUACAAAUAUCACGCAUACACUGACAUGUACAUACGUAAAUAAGUAAGUACAUACAUAUAUACUUGUGCGCGCACAAACGCAUACACGCACGCACGCAUAUAUGUAGACUGCAUAGAUAUACGUUAUUCAACCAACAAUAUUAACAGGCAGUAAACGAUUUUAACGAAUACCGCAAGACUCUCUCUCUCUCUCUUUAUCUAUUAUUACUACUAUUACUGCUACUGCUAGUAUCAUUGUUACUACUAUUACAACUACUACCACUUACUCUUACUACUGCUGCUACUGCUGCCGUUGCUACCACACUACUUCUGCAAUUACCGUUGCUGCUGGCUCUUCUGUUGCUGUUGCUGGUGCUGUUGCUGGUGCUGCUACUACUACUGCAUGCUCGUACUACUACUGCAUCGUACAAUGAAGUGAUUCUUUUUUAAAAUAUUUGGGUGGAAAUUAAGGAUUAAUUUUUAACCAAUUUUAGGUUAAAUGUAACUAUUUUUACCAAUGUAAGUGUAACUAUUUUCAUGUUUUUUUCUGCGUGGACGGCAAUGCGAUACAACGUAAUAAACUCUGUAUAUAAUGUAAUAUUGACGCGAUCAAUAUUGUCAUUCUUUCGUUAUAGGGAAUUUUAUUUUUAAUGUUACUUAAACUUUAUUUUUAAUGCUACUUAAACUAAACUAGGAUAUUCGACGCUAAAACUGUAAGGAUGAAUUUAUGAAUUUGUUGAUUUCUGGAUUUGUAGGUUUGCAGGUUAUUAGCUUAGUGAAUGACAAAGAGCGUAACGAUACGCGCAAUGGUAUCGGAUUGAUACCAUUAAAGAAAAUCAUUACGGUAAUAUAUGCGUUUAAACUUUAAAUGUACCACUAAUAUAAUACAGUUCGCAAUCAGUGAAACAAGUGUCUGCGUGGAAUACCGUCGAAACAUCGAUAUAUAAAUAUCACAAAAAUUAACGAUAUUUGACGCGUAACGCCCUGUUAUUGAAUACUAAUAUAAGUUAACAUGAUAUCGAGGGAUAAAUACUUGUAAAUUAGAAAACAGAAAGUAUAUCUAUAUCUACAUAUAUAUAUAUAUAUAUAUGUAUGUAUAUAUAUAUAUGCAGAGUAAUUCUCUUGCUAGUUAACUCGAAGGAAACGUUGCUUCACCGCAGUGAUAACGCCGUGUCGGUAUAUGUGAUCUGUCACAUUCAUCACUAAAAGUCAAUAUCGGCACUGUGUUAGUGCAGAGAUGGCUAUGUGUUGUAUAUAUGUAAAAUGAAAAUGAGAGUAAAUGAUCCAUGGAGUGAUUAGCGACGCUGCUUUUGAGUCGGCUAGCGAAAAAAUCACCCUGUACAUAUGCGCGUAUGCAGCGACGUGCAAAAAUAUUCGGUCAUCAUUUAGAACAGAAUAACCUCUUUAAAAUUAGUCCAAACGAUUUGACUUUUCUUGACAAGUUAGUAGAAUUAGCUUAUUACAUGAUGUGUAAAAAAGAUUUUGAAAAACUUACAACGAAAUGACGAAGAAAAUAGUAAAGAUCACUUUUUACAAUUUUUUUAUUUCACUAAGCAAUGAAGCUCUAAACGAUAUCUCUUAUAAAUUUAUGUCACUUAUGCUAUAUGUGCUAAAAAUUUCAUCGAAUUCAGUUGAUGCAGAAACAAGCGACAGGCAUCGAGUAACGUAAGAAUCUUUAGAUUCAUUACGGUUAUAGGCUGAAACUCGUGGAAAAUUGCGAUUUUCGUCAUUUUUAAUCGUUCCUAGCUCAUAGGAAUGUUAACCAAUUUCGAUCAAAUUUUUUAUAACUGACAUAAAUGGCAAAACAUACUUUUCAAAUUUCCAUUACAGACUUAGAUAAAAAAAAGGUUAUAAAAGAACGAUCUUUAUUAUUUUUUUCGCAUUUCCGAUCAAUUGCAAUUUCGUCAAAAUUUUGUUUACACAACAUUUAGUAAACUAAGCCUUCUAUCUUUUCAAAAAGACAUAAGUCGUUUGGUCCAAUUAAAAAAAUUUUUGUUUUGUUUUACAGGGUGUCCGCACGCCAUUUUUGCACGCCACUGUAUAUACAUAUAUAUACAUAUAUAUAUACGUAUGUGCGUGCGUGAACGUAUGUGCGCUCGUGGGUGUGUGUAUAUAAAUAAAAUAUAUGUAUACAGGAUGGGAGUAAAUGGUUGUUCAUAAAUCUAAGGAUAUCUAUAUCAAACGAAGCGAAUCGUAUAUACAUAAGUAAAAACUUACUUACGUCUAUGCACUCACUGAUACAUCCUAUACUUUUCUUCUAUGUUUUUCUUUUUUAUUUUGAAAAGAAAAAAGGAGUUGCUGUGAAAUAGUAUAAAUCGAUAACGAUAGAAGUAACGUAAUACAUUGGGCAAUUAAAAUAUAUCCCUAAAUUUUUGAACACUACUUGGAAUCAUCCUAUAUAUACAUGUACGUGUACACAUAUUAUCUAUAUGAAUGACACGCAUAUAUGGAUGCAUAAUCAAAAUACGAUAUAUUUUCUUUUAAACAUUUCAUAGGGAUACCAUCAGUGGUAUAAAUCGUUUGUGUCGGACAAGACAACUAUUAGAUUUAUUAUGCUAAUUUCUUGUUGAAACAAGUAAUGAAACGAAAAAUUUAACGUAAGGUUUAUUUCAUUUCAUUUCAUUUCACUUCGUUUCAAUUCGUGUUUCGUUUGCACUUCAUUUUGUUUCAUUUCGCACUAAUUUCAUGAAUAAUAGUAAAUAGUUCGAUGCGUUACGAAAUGUGAAUUUAAUUUUUCUUCGUCAAAAUGCCAGUAUAUUCGUUAGUCGUGUCUUCCAAUUAAUCUUUUUCAUGUUCGACACUACCGAUUUAAAUAUGAAUCCCUUGUGUAAGAAAUUUCAAAUUUCCGGUCAUCCAGUAUACUUGAUCUAACAAACUGGAUAUACUGAAGAAACGAAACAACAAUGUAGCGAGAUAUACUUCGCGCGACAUUCAUUUAAAAAAGAAUGAGAAAAGAGCACAUAAGAAAUUUAAAUUUGAUCAAUCAAUUGGUCGUUCUAUUUGAUCGGCAACUAUUCCAUCAUUAGUUUCACUAUCUUGUUGCAUACACGAAUAUGUUUAUCGUGCAGCAAUUAUGUACAAUGAAAAAGCUUGGACUUUGUUUUAAAUCCUCCUCGCACGCAUUUGUAUUAACAAAUUUAUUCAAUAAUUAUCUUUACGAAAAACAAAAAUCACACAUGCUAUUAAUACAUUUAUCAGAUUCUGUAAUUUCGUAGAAUUACAUUACAAAUGAUAGGUCACCACGCUGUUGAUCAUGUUUACUAAAAAGUAUGUCAGUGUGUGUGUGCGUGUGUCGGUAAUGCAUCCUGCUUGUUUUAUCGCGUUUCGUGAAUACUUUUACAAAAGCAACCUGUAUCAAAGAAUUUGUUAAAAUUUAAUUUAUAAAUUUAUUUAAACAUCUUUCUAUAUCAGCGGCUCGAAAUUAAAAUACUAGUAUUUAAUUCAGUACACAAAUAGAGAUAUUAAAGUUCGUCUAUGAGUUUCAGUCAAAAAAUAUUUUGAAAGGUAUUUCGUGUUAGCUUUCACUCUAUUUCGAGAGAUUUUACAGAGAAACGAUUAAAAUGUAUAAAAGUUAAUGGAAGGAAUGUAAUAUUUUGGGGGGCGGGGGGGGGGGGGGGGUUUAUGAAUAUACGAAUACAUCUGCAUAUUACUACCGAAACUUGGAAAUCUAUGUCAAGUAUCUUUGAAAGAUCAUGGUUGAAAAUCGUUUUCUACGCUCCGCUUCCGCUUGAAAUUUGCGUAUGUUCACUUGGAACAUGUAGGAAAAAUGACACACGCGGGCAAUAAAAAAACGUAUUGAAUGAGUAUUGUAUACUAUUGAAUAUUGUACAUAACGAAAGAAUAAACCGAAUAAGACCAAAUACGACAAAUUAUAGGAAACAAAUAAAAAGGAGUAGAAGAAGAGUAGCAAGAAAGGAA